AUGGCCCGACUUGCAGAAUUCGGCCAAUCUGACUCUGUGUGUGAUGGAGACAAGAAAGAAGAUGGGAAGCUGGUCAGAAAUGAGACCCGCGGAGAGAAGGCGAUGCCGGGCAGGGUAGACCCUGUGGCCAGAGCCAGCCCAGCGAGCAGCCGGUUCCGGAGCCACCUCGGCGGGCCAACACUCCUGAUUCUAAAGACAGUUCUGCCCCUUGUUCUCCAGGUGGUCUGGGAGCAUCGGGUCCCUGCAGAUGCCAGAGCCAAGGGAAGCCAAACCUGGGGUAAUUGUCCGCUUCCCAUCCACGUCUGCGGGCAGGGGCAGGGGACACACGUGGGCAAGGCCAUACCAUGUGCCCCUGUCUCCACAACCCACCUCGGUUUCAGGCUGAACUGGGACUCUUUCCACUCCCAGGUCAGCCGUGAGGGCUCACAGCAGCAGGGUCCUCCGCUGCAAAUAUUGACGGCGAAAGAGACUGGAAUGAGGCUCGCAUUUCGCCCCCUGGGAUUGGCAGAGACCCGACCCUCCCUGGAGAAGAAAAACACCACGCUUAGACCUCAAGACAAGGAGAGCAGAGACGCUUCUAGAUUCUCACCCCACUUCCCUGAGCAGUUGGAGAAACCAUGGUUCAUGUUAGAGCUGAGCCAGGGCCUGUGGCCCGAGGAGGAUCUGUCUGACCAGGGAAGGACCCCAGGACAGAAGGCGGCCAGGUGGGCCGCAUCAGAAGAAGGACUUGGCAGAGGCGGGAGGACUCUGGCAGCUCCGCGGUUUGAUCAACUACCCACCGACUUCCAAGCAUAUCAGAAGGCGAGAGUCUUGCCACACGAAGAUAUGAGCCCAGAGGAUCAUCCAAAGGAGAGGAGUAGAGAGUGGGUGCUUACUGAGUGUCCACUCUCCGUCGGCCCGGAGUCAGCCGCUUCGUGGAUGUCACCAUCAUCUCUGUAUGAAGAGGAACCCAGGCUGCCCAUCCCACGACUGGAAGGUUUGAAGUCAACCCCAUUCCCCCCCGCUGUGGGCACACACACCAGCACCCCCUCCGGCUUCCUGGUUCCCCGCUCCACCCCCUCACCUGCACUAUCUCAGCCGCUGGGUUUGGAGGGGCCUCAUUCUGGGCUGCAAGCCCUCCUUUUCUCACAGCUGCUCCAGCGGGAGCUGUCAGCACCGGCCCACGCAGGAGUGGGUGUUUGCAAACGUUCGGAACGACUUUCCUUUAAUGACAGUAGCAUACGGAUCCUUGAACAGGCCCUGCUGUUCUGUCUUUUCCUCGUGGAGCCCAGGACGAGGCCCUUAUGGCUCCCGGGUCCCCUCAGCGGCUCCCACAGGCCCCGCCUGGCGAGGGUGCGCACAGACCCCCCGGGUGGAGAUGAGGGUGGGUUCAGGAGAUUUGUAACCGGCAUUAACACCGGCCAGCGCCCGGGGAGCCGGGCUCCCGGCGCCCUGCGGCCCGCGUCCCCCGCCCUUCUCCGCAGCUGGGGCCGAGCCGGCGGGGGACCCGGGGACCAGUUCCAUGGAGCUUUCACCUGCCCCGACUGGUCACAGGGAGGAGAGCGGGGAAAGUUGGGGGCGGUGCCCCGCAAGGAGCCCCCGCACCCGCAUCCUACAGGCAUCCGUGGGGGUGGCGGGCGGGCGAGUCCCGAGUACCGGAUUUUGUUUGUUUUCUCUGGCCCUGGAAUGCCGAGACACUUGACUCUCUCUGCCUCCCACGCCCUAGUGUUCUCUAAUGGGCCCAAGCUCCAGGCAGAAUCUGGGCAACCGCACACCCUGUGGAUCGGAAAUGCCAGCCUGAGGACUAGUCUUUCCUGUACGUUGAUGAUGGUGAAUGCGCCCCCCAGAGCCCAGCCUAAGGGCAGACCUGUUUACUAUCUCAGCCCAGGUCCAUCCACGAUUCCCCAGGUUUCAGCCCGCAUCAGCCAGCGCUCAGAAACAGGCAUCGGUCAGGACGACCUCGCCCUGGGCUCUGACUCACCUAAUCACAGCCCGGUGCCUCUCCGUGACCCGCAGGGAGUAAUUUAG